CGACGAUCCAAUCCGCUUACGAAAUUCGAUAUCUUGAGGAAACAACUCCGGCUCCUUAUCCCCUGCCAAACGCUAACCCGAUUCAAUGCCUCUCACGGCCACACUCAUCCAACUCCCUCCCUUACACACUCUCAAGCUCUCUUCUCCGUUUCUCCAUGGCUGCUCUCCUCUCUCCCUCCUCUCCAAACCCACUUCUUCCAACACCCCACCAACCUCACAAUCGCGCACCUUCCUCCCUUCCAUUAAAGCCAUGAAAUCGAUUCAGGGUAAAGUCGUUUGUGCCACCAACGACAAGACUGUGGCUGUGGAAGUUGUGCGCUUAGCGCCUCACCCAAAGUACAAAAGGCGGAUCAGGAAGAAGAAGAAGUACCAGGCUCAUGACCCAGAUAACCAGUUCAAGGUUGGCGACGUUGUGCAAUUGGAGAAAAGCAAACCCAUCAGCAAGAACAAGGCUUUCGUAGCUGUGCCGGUGCGGAUAAAGAAUUUGAAGACGAAAGUGGCCGAAGACGAAGUGCCGAAGGAGCUAUCGAUCCCAUUGGAGUCUAAGCAGAAGCAGCAGGCUUAGAGUGAGGUCUCUAUCGUUGUCCAUUUUGUGAUUUUGCGGUGCUUUGUGCUUAACUCCCUGUGAUACUGUUUGAAAUUAGCGUUACUUGAUGGGCAUCUCAGGGUUUGAAUUGAUGUUUUUGCUCAAAUCUCUAUAAUUUAAUUGCAUUUGGUUAUGGCUUUGAUACUUUA